GCGGCCAUGAGCAGCGCCGAGAAGCAGCAGGUGCCGCCGGGCUCUCGGUCCCCGGCCAAAGGCCCGAAGCCCCCGAGGAUGCCCAAGUGCUCCCGCUGCAGGAACCACGGCUACGUGUCGCCCCUGAAGGGACACAAGCGCUUCUGCAACUGGAGGGACUGUCAGUGUCCCAAAUGCAAGCUGAUAGCCGAGAGGCAGCGAGUGAUGGCGGCCCAGGUGGCCCUGAGGCGGCAGCAGGCCCAGGAAGAGGAGCUUGGGAUUUGUAGUCCGGUGGCUCUGUCCGUCCCCGACGUGAUGGUGAAGAAUGAAGCUGCGGCCGAUUGCUUGUUCUCUGAGGAGGGACCAUCUCCUUCACCUUCCCCGUCUCUGGCCGUCACAGGCGGUCGCUCUGCGGCGUCUCCCAGCCCGUCGGCUGGCGGCCGCGCUCACGGCGAGGGAUCGUCGGACCUGCUGCUGGAAACGUCCUAUUACAACUUCUACCAGCCCUCGCGCUACCCCACCUACUACAGCAACCUGUACAACUACCAGCAGUACCAGAUGCCUCACGCCGAGGGACGCCUGUCCAGCCACAACGUGUCCUCCCAGUACCGCAUGCACUCCUACUACCCAGCAGCCACCUACCUGACCCCAGGCCUGAGCUCCACCACCUGCGUGCCGCCCCUCUUCAGCCUGGACGACAACAACAACAUCAACUGCUCUGAGGCCAUGGCGGCCUCCUUCUCCCCCAGCAGCACCACGGCGGGCCACGACCCCGCCAUGACCUGCAGGUCCGUCAUGGGCAACGAGUGCGAGGCCGGCGGCGAGGCCCCCGCCUUCGCCUCCAUCGGCGACGGGAACGCCGCCAAGUGAGCGGCG